CGGGGCGGGCGCGGGGCGAAAUGGCGGCGGCGGGUUCUGUCGGUGGCGCCGAUUGGGCCGUUGUGUGCGACAAGUUCCGCACCGCCCGCACCCUCUCGUCCGUGGAGUCGCGCAAGGACCCGGAGACCGAGCCGUACCGCUCCAAGUACAGCGCCCGGGCACUGCUGCAGGAGGUGAAGCAGCUGCUGAGCGCAGCCGAGGAGGGCGGCGAGGCGAGGCUUCUGGCCGUGAGGCGCGCCGUGCUCGAGUACGAGCUGGGCGUCAACCACACCGACACCGAGGAGCUGUCGGCCGGUGAGGAGCACCUGCAGCGCUGCACGCAGCUCCUGGAGCCCCACCGCCUCUCCCCGGACUGCGUCUCCCUCUACAUCCAGGCCCAGAACAACCUAGGCAUCCUGUGGUCUGAAAGAGAUGAAAUUAAAACGGCGCAGACUUACUUGGAAUCUGCAGAAGCCUUGUAUAAUCAAUACAUGAAGGAGGAUGGAAAUCCACCCCUAGAUCCCAGUGAACACUUCAUGGCAGAAGAAGAAAAACUCACGGACCAAGAAAGAUCCAAAAGAUUUGAAAAAGCCUAUACGCAUACUCUGUAUUAUCUGGCACAAGUUUACCAGCACCUGGAGAUGAUUGAGAAGGCUGCUCAGUAUUGCCACACUACUCUCAAACGGCAGCUUGAGUACUGCGGCUACUACCCAGUCGAGUGGGCGCUCAAUGCUGCGACUCUGUCACAGUACUAUCUCUCUAAGCAAUGCUUUAUGGAGUCCCGACACUGUUUAGCAGCAGCCAGUGUCAUCUUUAGCCAAGCCGGACAGGUGCCGUCCACUGAAGACAGUGAAGCAGAGCAAGACCAACAGGACCUUCGACAGAGAAAAGCUGAAAUUGCAAGAUGCUGGAUUAAGUAUUGCCUGAAUCUCCUGCAAAGUGCUCGGAAAUUACUUGAGGAUAACGUAGGAGAGCUGGAUCCAGACAGGCAAUUGGAACUUAAAGCCCAAAGGAAAAAAGAGGAGGAUGAAAAAGAAAAUGGCAGGAAAAAAGCUGUUCUUUUUGGGACGAGUGAUAUAUAUGACUCUGUCUUGGCCAUGGAAGAGAAAGUGAGCAGCGUAUAUCCAUUAGAUUUUCAAGAAGCCAGAGAAAUAUUUCUGGUUGGUCAGAACUACGUUCAGGAAGCAAAAGAGUUCUUUCAGGUUGAUGGUUAUGUUACUGACCAUAUCGAAAUUGUUCAGGACCACAGUGCUUUGUUUAAGGUCCUUGCUUUCUUUGAAGAGGACUAUGAGAGACGCUGCAAAAUGCACAAGCGUAGGAUAGACAUGCUGGAGCCUUUAUAUGCAGACUUGAACCCACAGUACUAUCUGCUGAUCAGUCGGCAGCUUCAGUUUGAACUGGCCGACACCUAUUAUGAAAUGAUGGAUUUAAAGGUAGCUAUUGGUAACAGGUUAGAGGAGCUAGACUCCCACACCAUUAAAAAGAUUAAUUCUCUGGCUCAGUUAGCAAUCAAAUAUUACGAACUCUUCUUAGAUUCUCUGAGGAACCCAGAUAAGGUUUUUCCCGAAAAGCUCGAGGAAGAUGUUCUUCGUCCUGCAAUGGUGGCUAAAUUUCAUAUUGCACGACUCUAUGGUAAGCUCAUUACUUCAGAUAGCAAAAAGCAACUGGAAAAUAUGCAGACAUCAUUGGAAUAUUACACAUUUCUGGUAGACUAUUGUGAGAAGUACCCCGAUGCCGUCCAUGCCGUUGAAACUGAACUAGAACUCAGUAAGGAGAUGGUGGGUCUUCUUCCAACAAGAAUGGAGAGGCUGAGGGCAAAGCUGUGCCCAUUCAUAUAAAUACUCGUCUUGAAGGAAAUGUGCACUAUUAAAAUGAUAUCUGCCAAACCCGAUGCUGCUCGACAGCUUCCACACUGACAGACGAAGCUGCCUGCAGCUCGGCCUUCCACCUCCAGCCUGCAGUAGUAUAACUCUAAAAAACCCAGAGCUCAGUAGCUCACUCACUAAUGGUGUAAACUUUAAAGUGAACAUCCAGCUAAUGCUUUGUAUUGUUUGUCCUGUAUGUAAAUAUAAACCUUUCCUCACGUACGUUUUUUUUCCUUCAGCAUAUAGUUCUAAACGUAAUGCUGUAUGAAAAUUGUUUCUUUUUAAAAAAAUCUGUUUCUCUAGGAAAUUUUUUCUAAAAAUCCCAAGGUGCGUUUUUCCUAGAAUAUAUUCUCUCUUCUCUCUCCUCUAACCUUUGUCUCCAGAAAUCUUUAUCCGUAUGAAGGGAACUCUAUAUUGUUAUUUUCAAUAUUUAUUUUGUAUAUUACUCAGUGUUUCCCCCCCACACCCCCUGUUAAUCAAAACCUUGUUGAUAGAGCCUCAAUAAAUGGACUAGCUUGGCUA